UGUUUCUUGCUCCUGGGGCGGGUUAAGAUUCGCCUGACGAACUCUGCAUUGCCCACGGCUGUUGCGCCAGCACGUUUCAACAAGUACCCCAAAUCGCCCUAAACAAAUCUAAAUGCGACUAGGACAGAGUAGACGUUCGUCUGUUAAGGCGCCAGAUCGUAUAUCCGUAACCAUUGGCCAGCGCGUUUGACUAUCUCCACUUGCAAUCAUUCAUCGCGUCGUUCACCUGAUGAGUUCUCAACGGCGAAGUGGCUGAAUGCAACUUCACCCCUUGGGAUCUUUGAUAAAGAAAGAUCGUCAUGGACAAUAAAAACAAUUCGGCCAGCUACCGUUGAUCACGAUCGCACCGUUGCCCUAUGAAUUGAGAGUUUCUAUGCGCUAUACAUACUUGGGAUAGCACCUCUCCCAUCGCGUCCCCCAGGUCUGAUGCGGUUCUUUUCGGCUUUUUCUUUCCCACUUAUUUACAACACGCUCUUUUGUAUCACUUAAACUUUGACUCUACUGUUCUCCAGCAUGUCAAUUCUAUUUUAUCGACGUCCUGACUACGUGUCACGUCCUGCGGGCCCGCUCAACCUGAAGGACUGCCAGAAGUAUGUCGAGCGGACAAAGAACAACAAGAGCGCCAUUCCGCCAGAACUGUCGUUCGAAAGGGUCGUCAACAAUGAAACCCUGCCACCUGCUAGUUUGACCGACUUCAUGAACUACUUGAUAUACGUAGCCCACGACGCAGAGACUCUUCAAUUCUACCUAUGGCUUCAGGAUUACACCAAGCGCUUCAAUGCUCUCCGAAAGGAGGAACAAGCGUUGUCGCCAGAGUGGAAAGCGACCGCUGCCGUGAACGAAACUAAGGAGCGCAAUGCUAGAGCCAAAGCGAGCGUGAGCUCUCUCAAUGAACUCACGACAUCUGAUAAAGUUACUAGCAACCGCAUGUCUGAGCUCAUCCCGGGCGCAAAUGAGCUCUUCGCAGAUCCUCCCAUAUCGUCUGCUCCAGCUUCAGACUACGAGUCCUUUAUCACAAAGUCUGUGCAGUCUCAAAAGACCAUUGCUGAGAUGACUGAUGAUGCCAACGCUAUGGCCGGACUGAAAUGGCAAGCUUUCACCUGCCAGCCUUUUCGACAAGAGAUCGCAAAAGUUAUUGCAAACUAUCUUGCUCCUAACGCACCGCGUGAACUCAACAUCUCUUACAAAGACAGGACGGCCGUUCUGCACGCACUACAGCACACCACACAUCCCAGCGCAUUCCAGAUCCUCGGUACGAUCGUCGAGUCAACGCUGCGCGGCCAGCUGCAUCCGAAUUUCAUUCGAUGGAGCAUCUGCAAUGGGAACAAGCCUAAGAUCUUCUUCGUUCGUACCAUGGGCGUUAUUCACAUUGCUCUUGGGCUUUUGAUUGCCUUGCUGUUGACUUUGUCACGCGCCUCUCGCUGGUACAGGAUCCUCUCCGCACCCGUCACAUUGAUAGGUGCUAUCACCAUGGUCGCGGCAUACAAGGGCCUAUGCGUCAUUCUCCACGCGAACGGUGGGGUGCGCAAUGUCAAACCGUGGGAAGAUUCGGACAGCUACUUCUCAGACAAGACGUGCCGAGCAGAGGAUGAGGAGGCUACGCUCGCGCUUUCCGACGUUCAAUCUAUCGCAAAGUCUAAUCGCAGCAAGAGCACCAUCGCUCCAGAAGCCAAGCGUCCAAAGAGCUUUGACACGUUUGGCAGCGCCAACACCUUUGCAGAUGAGCCUUGGGUGUCGCAAUACGAAAAGCGCCCGUUGAUGGAGAAGAUCAUGGAGAAGAACACGUGGGUCCAGGACGAAAGCAUUCGCUCGAUUCAGAACAUGAUCAUUCGCCAAUCUCAAUUCUGGGGUGUCGUUUUCACGGUCGUUGUUACGGCAGCAUUUGUAGCACUACCGCCAGGUAACUUUUAUUAGGCCGAUUCCUUAGUGGGG